AUGAAAUUUCUCUCUACGAAAACGAGCGAAGACGACGAGGAAGAAGAAGAGCAGAGAAGUUCGAUUGCGGAUUCAAUUGAACGCCAGCGUCUCCGGUCAUACGCUGUCAAGAUGUUUUCAAGGGCUGUUCUACGGAACACCCGUGAGCUACGAGCGAUUACAUCCAUUCCUUCAAGUGCGUCGCUCUUUUUUACCAACAACCGAUGUCUUCACCAAGCUACAAGCGGCUCCCAAUUCAAAGCUACACAGCCCGAAAUACCUCCGCAAGGGCAGACACAAAACACCGAACGAUUCGCCCAUCUUCCUUCUGGUUCGAUCCCAGAGGUGGCUUCGAUUCCGAUCCCCGCUGCGAAACCAGCAGUACCGCCUACUUUCACAAACCCUCUGGAACUCACACCGGCAAUCACGACCCUUCUUCCAGACCUUGCCACUCAGCCCUCACAUUAUAUAACUGCUCAUUUACAUGCACGGCCAUACCUACUCACGGCCGGUGAUACCCUUCGACUACCAUUUCGCAUGCCAAAUGUCCAGGCCGGAGACGUCCUGCGCUUAAAUAGAGCGUCGAAUAUUGGAUCACGGGACUUUACUCUGAAGGGUGCUCCUUAUCUGGAUGAAAGGCUUUUUGAAUGCCGAGUCCGCGUAAUGGGGGUGGAAGCUGAGCCACUGCGGAUCAAGGAGAAGACAAAGAGACGACAGAGACAUGUGCAACGAGUUAAGAGCAAACACAAGUACACCAUAUUGAAAGUGGUGGAUGUCAGAGUCAAGCAGCUAGACGAGCUACUUGCAGAGGGAGCGAAGAUAGUAGACCAGUGA